AAAAUAAACUCCACCCAAUUUCCCUCAUCUUCUUCACGCAGCCAAAUCCCCUUUCUCUCUCUUACGCUCAAACUCCAUAAACCAUCUUUCCCAUUUUCCUUUUCCACGCCGCCUGCCGCCUCCCACGAAUCUGGCGGCGCGUCUCCGGCGAUCACCACCGCCGCCCUCAUCUCUCUAUAUCCUUCUCCUUCGCCCGCCCCUCUCUCUGUGUCUCCUUUCUCCGCCGCACUGCACAGCCAGCACCGGUGGCCGUCACCGUUACUUCCUCAGACCGGCGCUACCCCUUCCUCCGUCUCUAUUUCUUCUCAGACCCUUCACCCACAAUUCCCCCAAAAUUCAGAAACCUUCCUCCCAUAAUCUCAGCCCUAAGUCUCUCUGAAAUCCCCUCCCUUUCCUGUCACUCGACAACAGCCAACGGCUGCCGCCUCUUACCCUCGAUUCACGGCGAGAAUCGCCGCCCUACUCUCAUUUGGCGACAACAGCAUCAGCCCCCAGGCCCGCUGUCAUCGCCGCCCAAGCGCCCUCCACCAUCUCCAUCUCUCUCGCUCUCUUACCAGAACGGGCAUCGGCCACCGCUGCAGAGGUCCCUCUGCUCGGCUACGUCCUCGACUCACACCGCACACACCGACACUCACAACAAGAAUCAAGCUCAACAAGAUCGGAGCUCAAAGAUUGAAGUUUUAUCAAAAUAAAAGGGAAUAUCUUAUUUUUAGCUACCCUGGUGGGCAUCCUUAAUCCUAUUGAGGUUUCAAUAUGGAUUUGGAGACGGAAAACAGAAUAGCUGCCAUUCUUUUAAAGGAGGCCGCAGAAUUGCGUCGUGAGGCUCAGAAGGAAGGUGCACUUGCUUAUCUUCGUGAGCCCACUGUUAGGUUUAGGCCGAAUUCUCGUUUCUUGACUGCAACUGUUCGUGGAGUUCAACAAGCAAAUCGUGUCGUUGAAGUUAAUGAGAUGUGGCGACUAAGGGAAAAACAGCUGGAACUGGACAAUAAGCUUACAGGAAUCAGAAGUGGGAGCAACAGUGGAAGAGGUCACAAGGACAUUCGCGAAUCUCACACUAGUACAAGUAAAGCAAGCAAUGAAGUGGAGAACAGUGCAAAUGUUUCUCUCUCUUCAAAGAAAAGAUCUGUUGAGCAUUUUGAUCCAAUGGAGGAUGAAGGUCUAAAGGAUGAUGAGAUUGACCAAUUUUUACAGUCCAGAAUCAAGCGAGGCAGGGGCUCUGUUGGAUCAAGGAUGGACGAAACCGGGCCUUACCUUCCCCUUAAGCCAGAUUCUAAUAACAAGUUUGAGAGCGAUAUUGAGAUGUCAAAUAAAGCAAGAGUCGUGCUUGGCCCGAAGAAGCCUUAUUCCCUGACAUCUAGUGAAUCAUCUUCAGAUGAUGAGUCGCGUUCACACCGGAGGAAGAAAGCUAAGGUAGCCUCAAGCAAGCGGCAUUCGAGGAAACACAAAUCAAAAGAAAAAUCGAAAGACAAGAGUAGGAGGAGGAAGGACAAGAAAAGUAAACAUCAUAAAUGACCAUGCAGCAUUUUUCAAAUGGAAAGCAGCAGGUGGCUUAGGCCUUGUCUCAGAAUCGACCAACCCCAUACAUCAAUACAUGUGGUUGCCAUGUACAUUAAUUUAUGUAUUUGCUCAUCUUUUUAUUAUCACUUAUGGAAUCACUUGACAUUGUUGUGUUGGCCAACUGCCUAUCGAAGGGAAUGUAGAAAAAAUCUUGAUGUC